AUGGGAGGGAAUUCUGUAAAAGAAGCCGGUGAAGAGCAAAGCAAAGUUAAGGAGUCAAAUUCUUCUAUUCUAUCAACGUCGGACGGAGUAGACGUCGAGAUCCUAAUGUCGGAUCUUUCCAUGGCUACGGCAAUAUCUCCGUCUAAUUUGCGCUCUCCUGAGGCUGUUAAACAGCAUGCAGUUGCAAAGAAUAGUCAGUGUCAAGGAUCUCAGCCAAAGAAGGCAAUCGAUUUUGAAGUUGCAUAUGGCGAAGAUGAUGCAUUUUUGGUUGAGGAAGCAACUAGGAAGGAUUUCUCGCAGACCCAGCAGUCUCCAGUAGACAUCCCAGGCCUACAUGAGAAUUUAAUACUGGGUGCUGUGCAAAUGUCAGCGUCAAACGAAGAUCAACUGAAUCUGAAUACAGAACAGAAGGGUCUGCACAAGACAGAAGAGAAGCAAACACCAGAUUUAAAACGUGGCAGGUCUCGAAAGAGACCACCUCCUCUAUUAUCUCCAGGAGAUGGUAAGUCAACAUCAGAUCCCGCCUCCGACUGGUCUCAGACUGGAGUGUUUGGAAUGGAUGGCGGAUUUACGACAGGAGGAUUCAAGAUUACAUCGGAGGGCAUGGUGGGGAAACCUCCAAUUGCAACUCGGGAAGACUCUGACCCUCAUAACGAGGGUGAUAUUCCCCAAUCUGCCGCCAAUCUUGUCAUUGUUCGCUCUUUAAAAGAGUUUCGAGCGGGCCCAACAAUAGGGGCAGGGGCAGCAGGGCGGGUGUAUCUUGCAGAGCAUAUGCCAUCUAAGCGGACAAUGGCAAUGAAGGUAGUGAAUGUGUAUGAUAAGGAGAAGAGGAAUCAGCUUCUGAAGGAACUAGAAACUCUUUCUACGCACGUAAGCAGGUAUCUUGUUCGUUUUUAUGGUGCAUUCUACGAUGGUUCGGGGGCUGUGCAUAUUGCUCUGGAAUUUAUGGACCAUGGAUGCUUGUCGACAUUUGUUCACAGAGUGGGUCCUAUCCCAGAGAGAGUGGUGCAAAUGAUUGCCUUGGAUUGCCUGCGAGGGUUGCGGUUUUUGCACAGGCACCAUGUGCUUCAUAGGGACUUCAAAACUGCAAAUAUUCUACUGUCGAGGAGGUUGUGUUGCGCAAAAUUGAGCGACUUCGGCCUGGCUCGAGACCUGAAUCCCGGGGUUUCACGAGUAGAAACGUUUGUUGGCACAGUGGCGUAUAUGUCUCCGGAGCGCUUGCAAGGUUCAAAAUACACGUACGCAUCAGACAUAUGGGCUCUUGGCGUAUCACUGGUCGAAUGCCUACUUGGUCGGUAUCCUUUCAACAAGCCUCAAAGCUACUUUGAUUAUAUUGAGGAGACAAUGACAACGAACAUGUGGAGCGGGCUGCGACAAAGUGGUAUAUCUGUAUCUGACGAUGCAAAAGAUUUUGUCAAGCAUUGUACCUUUACGGACCCGAAUCGUCGCUCUGAUACGAAUGAGCUGAUAGAUCACCCAUGGCUGCGCGGUGUUGCAAAAGAUACCGAGGUGUUUGGUUCAUGGCUGGACCAUUGUCGGAUUAGGUCUAUGGCGGUUCCAGCUCGAGGCCAGGGCAAGCGGUAG